ACAACAAUUCUAAAACGUUUUUAACCACGGUUGUGCGGAGCAAUGUAUCUAUCUACAUAAGGUGUAUAUAUUAAUUAAUUCCGGAAAAUUUUUUUUUGUUGUGAUUUUGUUUUUGUUUUGUUUGAAUGGACGGUUAGAGACAUCCAAAUUUUGUAUGUGUUCAGCGUGGUUUUUUCUUUUAAAUAACUCAACACUCGAAAAUGACGCUUUGUUCGUGGACUCAUACGCUAGAGGUUUCCUGAAAAUUUAAAGAAACGGCACAAAUAUUACACUCUUUUGGAAAAACCAACUCAACGAUCCUCGAUCUAACGGAAUCCUCAGGCGGUCCGAUCAUUUUUCUCUCCACUGCGAAUUCCAUGAUCUAUUCACCAUAAAGGCGACUCACCAACAAAGAGAUAAAAAAUGAAGUUCGCUGUUACCCUGUUCAUAACCAUAGCUGUUUUUCUUACUUCUAUUGAGUCAGGAAAUCCGGAAGAUUCUCCUGAACGUAAAAGACCUAGACAACAUGAAACUCAUCCAUCUUUAUCUCCAGCUCCAAACCCUCUUCCUGUUUCAGCCCCAACUCCUCCACCCAUGGACCCAAACCUUAAUCUCCCAUUGCGCCGCACAGACACUCUCAACUGUCCUCUACGCCAACUACAAGCCAUGGACCCAACCGUGCCAUUGAGCCACCCGGAGACUCUCGAAUAUCCUCCACGCCAACAGGGAAGAACCACCGACCCAAACCCGCACCGCACAAAUUUUCUCCUAUGUCCUCCACGCCAACCAGAAAACAUGGACCAACAGAGAAGACAUAAUAAUUAAUUAAGUCAAUACAAAUUUUUUUGAGCAAAUUCGUUCUGCGAACCAAGUUUGGAUGA